AUGCGAUCUGCAAGCAUAUGCCACAUUCGAUGUGCAAGCAUAUGCGAACUGCAAGCAUAUGCGAUCUGCAAGCAUGUGCGAUCUGCAAGCAUAUGCGAUCGGCAAGCAUAUGCCAUCUGCAAGCAUAUGCCAGAUACGAUCUGCAAGCAUAUGCCACAUUCGAUGUGCAAGCAUAUGCGAUCUGCAAGCAUAUGCCAGAUACGACCUGCAAGCAUAUGCCACAUUCGAUGUGCAAGCAUAUGCGAUCUGCAAGCAUAUGCGACCUGCAAGCAUAUGCGAGCUGCAAGCAUAUGCGAUCGGCAAGCAUAUGCGAUCUGCAAGCAUAUGCCAGAUGCGAUCUGCAAGCAUAUGCCACAUUCGAUGUGCAAGCAUAUGCGAUCUGCAAGCAUAUGCCAGAUGCGAUCUGCAAGCAUAUGCCACAUUCGAUGUGCAAGCAUAUGCGAUCUGCAAGCAUAUGCCAGAUGCGAUCUGCAAGCAUAUGCGAUCUGCAAGCAUAUGCGAUCUGCAAGCAUAUGCCAGAUUCGAUGUGCAAGCAUAUGCGAUCUG